AAAGAAUUCUAGAGGAAUUAUUAAAUUUUGAGAUUCCAUUAUUAUUGGUUUGUGAAUUUUUAAAAUCUAAAUAGAAUCCAUUGUUAUUGGGGUGAUGAUUUUUAAAUACCACUCAAAAUCCUUUAUUAUUGAAAUAGUUUAGUUUUCAUUGAUUUUAAGAUUCUAUUAAAAUCUAUUGUUAUUGGGAUGUAAAUUUUCUUUGUUUUUACUCAUAGUACUCAAUUUUGAGAAUAUCAUCUAUGCCCAUAAGAUUUUUGAAAUCAAUGUAAUAAAAUACACUCACAUACAAAAACUCAAAUUGAAGAAUGAAAUAAUAUACAAAUCACAACUUUAACGUAAUACAAUUCACAACUUAAGAAAAUAGAAAAAAAUAUUAAAAAUUUAAAAUAAAAAUUGUAAAAAUAGUGUUAAAAAGCACUUUCGAAUUUUUUAAAAAACAUUUCAAAAAUAAUAGUUCAAAUUCUUUUUACAAAAAUUCAAAUUUAAAACAUAUAUUUCGAAAUUAUAUAAAAAAUAUUUUUUUUUUAUUUUAAAUUAUUUAUAUAUCUAUGAAGUAAGAAGUAGAAAUUAAAUUUUCUUGGUCAUUUUAUUUCUUGAGAUCUUUUUUGUGACAAAAACUUUUUUAAAAGUUGUUUAAGAAUUGCCUUAAUUGAAAUGAUUUUCUUUCCUUUUUUUUCUACCACCAUUAAUUUCUUACUUUAAAAAUUAAUAACAAUCAAUAGAAUUCUAUAUACAAGUAAUGAAAAUCUAUGUAAAAGUAUUUGAUAGAAUUUGUUAAAUCUAGUUAACUUGUAAAAUCAUCUCAACUACUAAAAUCAUCAAAUUCCACAGAAAUUCAUGUUCCAAUAACCCCCCCUAAACUUAAUUAAGAAAAUAGCUUGUAGAAAAAGAUUAAGUAUAGGCCCGGAGGAGCGAGCCGGGAAGUUGGUCCCCUACUGAUGACGUCAACAACACUGCCCGUGUGUCUUAAAGAAGCAAUGGUUAGCAUAUUAUAUUGUCUUUAACAUCCAACACCAACAACAACAAAAUCUAAAUAUGAUUGGCGAAGUUGUCCUUUAGAAUUUGCAGCGUCGUCGACUUUUCUUUGUAGAUGUCAUAACAUCUGAAAAGAAAUAAAGCUAUAGAGGGUCAAAUGCCACGGUGAUGUCAUGAUAUCCUCAAACGUUGGCAAAAGAAGAAGGGUACGGCGCAUCAUACGUUGCCGUACCGCAUGAUCCCCACCUCCGAACCUAACAAGUUAAUUAUUACGUCAUAUAUACACAUGCAGUAUCUUCAAACGAAUACUAAAUUAACUUGAAAGUAACAAUUAGUUAUUGAAUAGCUUCUGAACGACAAAGGCUGCAUGGUCCUCGGCCUCUUCCUCAAAGUCAAAUCUUAGACUAAUCUUCUUUGAAUCCCCCUUCACUUCAAUAUUGAUACAAAUUUACGUCAUAUCGACAAUAAUGAAUUUAAACUCAAUGAUAUCCAUGGAAAGAGUCAAAAUGCCUGAACCAUGCACUAGUAAGUACUUUUUACCUAUUCCGUACGAGUAAUUUAAUUACAACAUAUCCAGUCUCUUAUAUAUACAUGCACUUCUUUGUCCUCUCAUCAACAACAAACAUUUGAUCAAAAUUAAGAGUAAGGAUAUGGAUCAUAAGAGUGCAAGAGUCUCGGCCAAAACCCCAUCAUCGGGAGAUGAGUUAAAAGAUGUGAUUAAGGGAUUGAUUAAGCUCUUAAUGCUGGUGAUUUUCCUUGGAUAUGUCUUCAUUUGGAUCCUCAUGCCAACCUUAAUCUAUAGAACCAAGUGGUUGCCUGUCAUGCGUACUGAGUUUGGCUUUUCGACUUAUUUUGGUCUCGCAGGCUUGACCCUUUUCAUGUUAAUGUUCCCUAUGCUCCUCUUGGCUUGUUUGGGGUGUCUCUACCUUCACUUGAAGAAACAAAAGACUAAUAAUCAUCUCAUUAGGGAGAAGGCAACUGGAAGAGGCGUGUUGGCAGCCAUGAGAAGGCCAAUGUUGGUCAAAGGACCAUUGGGGAUAGUCUCAGCAACUGAGUUAAUUUUCUUGGCAAUGUUUGUGGCUCUUCUUCUAUGGAACUUCUUCAUUUACUUGCGCAAUGCUUUCCCCAUGAUUACACCUCAAUCAGCCGCUAAACUUCACCAAAAAAUAUGGCAAGCUAAGUUGGAGGCAAUGGCAAUAAGGAUUGGGCUAGUGGGUAACGCAUGCCUAGCUUUCCUGUUCAUACCGGUGGUGCGUGGGUCAUCAUUGCUUCCGGUUCUAGGGCUAACGUCAGAGUCGAGCAUCAAAUAUCACAUUUGGCUUGGUCAUUUGCUCAUGACCAUAUUCACGGUUCAUGGCCUUUGUUUCGUUGUCUAUUGGGCCUCCAUGCAUGAAAUCUCUCAGAUGGUGACUUGGUCUAAGACAGAGAUGUCUAAUAUUGCCGGAGAGAUAGCUUUGCUGUCUGGACUUGUGAUGUGGGCCACCUCAUAUCCGUCGAUUAGAAGGAGAUUCUUUGAAGUUUUCUUCUAUAGUCACUACCUUUACAUCAUCUUCAUGUUCUUCUACGUACUCCAUGUAGGCAUCGCCUUCUGCUUUAUCGUCUUACCCGGUUUCUAUAUGUUCAUGGUCGAUCGUUUCUUGAGGUUUCUACAGUCACGUGACAAUGUCCGGUUGUUAUCUGCACGUGUUCUUUCUUCAAACACCGCGGAGCUCACUUUCUCCAAAGCCAAAGAAUUGAUGUAUAAUCCGACGAGCACAUUGUUUGUGAACGUACCGAGCAUAUCGAAGCUGCAAUGGCAUCCAUUUACGAUUACUUCAAGCAGUAACCUCGAACCAGAGACGCUAAGCAUUGUGAUCAAGAGUGAAGGGAAAUGGUCUACCAAGCUUUACAAGAUGCUUUCUACUUGGGAUCAUGAUACUGACCGUACCCUCUCUGUUUCUGUCGAAGGACCCUAUGGUCCUGUUUCAACAGAUUUCUUAAGGCAUGAUGCUUUGGUUAUGGUUAGCGGAGGCAGCGGAAUUACUCCAUUCAUAUCCAUUAUCCGCGACUUGAUCGCCAUGUCCCAAACAACAACCACAUGUGAAACCCCCAAAAUAACCCUGGUUUGCGCGUUCAAGAAGGCUUCCGACAUCGCUAUGCUUGACCUUAUCCUCCCUUCAUCUGGUCUCAAGUUAUCAUCUGACCUGAAUAUCCAAAUCGAAGCUUUCAUCACCAAAGAUAAUGAACCAAGCGACGAAGAAACACAGAAGAUCAGAACCGUCUGGUUCAAGCCAAGUCCUUCAGACCGACCAAUUUCAGCAAUCCUAGGACCAAACUCAUGGCUCUGGCUCGCCGCUAUCCUCUCAUCUUCCUUCAUAAUCUUCUUGAUCGUCGUUGGCGUCAUGACAAGAUACUACAUUUACCCGAUCGAUCAAAACAAGAGCAAGUACAAUGCUGCUUCACGAUCCAUCCUUUAUCUUUUGGUCCUAUGUGUUAGCAUCAUGAUGACGUCAAGUGCAGCUGUAUUGUGGAAUAAGAAGAAAUACAAGGUUGAGGGCAGCAAACAGGUCCAAAACGUCGACGUACCAAGUCCAACAUCGUCUCCCAGCUUAUGGACUGACAGAGAAAUCGAGAGUACUCCUAAAGAAUCACUUGUUCAAUGCACCAACCUCCAUUUCGGUGAAAGGCCAGACCUCAAGAAGAUUCUACUUGAUACCAAAGGUUCAAGCGUGGGAGUGAUGAUAUGUGGUCCGAAGAAGAUGAGACAAGAAGUGGCGAACAUUUGUUCCUCUGGUUUGGCUGAGAAUCUUCACUUUCAAUCUAUCAGUUUCAGCUGGUGAUAAUCGCAUAUUGUUUAUAUACAUACAUAAUUCUUCUUUGUGUGAUCUUGUUUUUCUUUUGUGUGGUUGUUUGUGUAAUUUUCUGUUUAAUUUUCUGAAACGUGUUAUAUAUAUUGUGAAAAUGAUCCCUAAGAUUCAGCAUCUUUCUGUAUUUAACCAUUGUAUUGCCUUAUGUAACGAUUUGGUCUAAAUCGAGAAGUGGAGUACUGUAUUAUGUGAAUUUUGAAAUGAACGAUUUGUUUUUUAUCUCCGUUAGUACAUACUUACAAUAGUUUAUGGACCUCCAAAGAUAAUACGGUGGAUUUUUCCCCGAGCGCACCACCAUUGUUGCCUCAUAGCAUCACUAUCUUCGUCCAUCCCAAGUGGGCCACACGUGUUCGCCACUCUCUCGCCUGUCGCUCGUGGUUUCACCAUCUUAGAAGGCUUUCUAGAUUUUUAUUACCCCGUAAGUUAAUCUUCACGGCGGAAUCUCGUCUGCAUACUUAGUCAAACACACCCUCACGUGACCAGUUGUCUCUUUAUCACGUGAUAGACGAGUCCAUUUCUUUGAGUUUCAUAGUAAAGGAUAAUACAUUUCCGUAAGAAAAAGAAACACAUUUAUGUCAUUGACAAAAAAAGGAGGGGACAGUAUAUUCAAAACUGCAAAGCUGUUCGUGGGGGUAACAUGAACUAAUGUGGAAAUGAUUUUUGAUUUCUUGCAGAUUCACAGUAUACGAGAUACACAUAUUUUUUUGACAUAAAAUAAGAUUUAUUUUUCCUAACAAAUAAAAUAUAGGGAAAAUAUAUUGAUGGCAUAAAAAACUUACAUGAUAUAUAAACAAUUUCACGACAAUGGUAACGCAAACAGAAGAAAUUAAACAGUUUUGAUGGAGACUGGAGAGUAAUCAAAAUUUCCUUUCAUAUAGUUACAACUUUCAUCAUUUGUAUUUCUAAAAGCCUAUGUCAUUUGUAUUAACUUUCAUCGUAGUAAAGUUUUCGACACUAAAAUAAUGAUUCUAAAUUCAGUUUUACCAAAUGGCGAAAAAAAAUUCUAAAACACAGAACUAGGGGUGUUCAAUCCGAUAAAACCGAACCAAUUAAAACCGAACUGAACCAAAUAGAAAAAAUGGUUUGGAUUUGGUAGUACCGAAUAUACCGAAGAAAAAAUAGUUUGGAUUUGGUAGUACCGAAUACGCCGUAACCUGCGUUCAAAAUUUCCUCACCGAAAAAUGGUUGUAGCCGAGAAAAAAGAAAACUAUUGCAUCUUUUUGUUUAUUACCAAAUGUGAUACAUGAAAUUUUAUUUUUAUUUUUAGAUAUAUAAAGCAUCUUUCAAAUAUUUUGAUUUAACUGAAAAAAUAUAUUUCAAAUUCAUCUGAAUUUCAGUCAACAAAUUAUAGUAUAUGAAAAACAUAACAUAUUUCAUAUAUUUUUCAAAUGAGAUAUAUAUAGUUUUAUGUAGUUGACAAAGUAAAAAGAAAAGGGGCAGGGUACAGUAUAACCAGACUAGUAUUAUGCCUUGUUCUAAAACUCCUUUGUCUAACCGACUAACUGGAAUAAUUGUUAGGCGGAUGGAGCAUGGCAAAAAAAUUUAACUUAGUUGAAUAAAUCGUUAGAUUGCAUGAAACCGUGGACUCUAACCAGCAAACUAUAGUAAAUAGUAGACUAUGAAAUUUCCAAAGGAUAUAUUCAUGUAGUUAACAAUGUUAAGAAAAAAGUAAGGUACAAUUAGAAGUGUUCGAUUCGUGUAUCAAUUCAGUUUUUAUAGUUUUUUGGUAUUUAAAUUCAUAAAAAUUAGCUACCAAAUUAAAGUUAUAUGUAUUUUUGUUUGUUGGGUUUAUAUAAUUUCGGUUUAUUCGAUUUCAGACCUAAAAAUCAUAACUAUAUCUAUCAUUUUUAUAAUAUUUUUUGAAUUUUAGUUUAUAUGAUUAAAAAUUAAAUUUAUUAAAACACAAAAACAUUUUUAGUCCUCAAUUUUUUAAAUAUAAGGUUUUUUU